AUGCAGAAGCGACGAAGGGUGACUCGAGCAUGCGACGAGUGCCGAAGGAAGAAGAUCAAAUGCGAUGGCAAGCAGCCUUGCACGCAUUGUACAGUCUAUAGCUAUGAAUGUACCUAUGAUCAACCUUCUAAUCGUCGUCGCAACCCCGCUCCUCAAUACAUCGAGGGCCUGGAGCAUCGAGUCCACCGCGCUGAGACGCUACUUCGAAUGCUCAUGCCUGACCUCAAUCUAAACGAUCCCAGUAUUGACGUCGCCGUUGCUCAAGGAUACAUUCCUGGUUUCUCAAACAAGCCCGUCAACAAUGACACUCCGUCAACCAAACCUGCUGCUUCUGCACCGGCAAACCUCACAUCUGCUCCAAAUGGGGAUCAGAAAGACACCAACUUGGAAUCUAUGGUCCGUGCUAUUGGCCAACUCGAACUUGACGAACAGGGAAACUGGGAUUACCAUGGUCAUUCUUCUGGCCUCAGUUUCGUGCGGCGCAUGCGAGAACAAUUAGGUGACCUUCUUGGACCCGAGUCCAAGGCUACGCCAUUCGUCAAGUCGAGGCCAAUGUCACAAGUCUUUGACUCUCCAAGAUCUCUCAAUCCAGAAUCGCCUGGUGUGUCUGUAGAUGGUGCAGUCCCUGGCACUGAUCUUCCUUCUAGAGAUGUCGCUCGAGACUUGUGUGAAACCGCCAUUACUGAUGCUUCUGUUCUCAUGAGAGCCAUCCACGUUCCAUCCUUCUGGGCGUCCUUUGAUCGCAUGUAUAACACACCAUACGAGAACUAUACGAACCAGGACCACAAGUUUCUUCCUUUAUUGUACAGUACUAUGUCAGUUGGUUGCUUGUUUGGUAGCGACGAACAGAGUCCUCUGAACCAGGCUGGCUAUGAGACCGCCAUUGACCAAGGUUUCAAAUACUUUAGGACAGCACGUCAAUUGCUGGACAUUGCAGACGCCCGCGACUUGACUUCUAUACAGGCAGUCCUCUACAUGAUCACAUUCCUCCAGUGCUCGGCCAAGUUAUCGCAAUGUUACGCAUAUGUAGGUGUAGCACUGCGCUCCGCCUUGCGCAUGGGUCUGCACAGGAACAACUCUGCCUUCAGCCGCACCUUCAAUCCCAUCGAAGCCGAGACCAGGAAACGUGUCUUCUGGACCAUUCGCAAAAUGGACAUCUAUGUUGGUGCAAUGUUGGGGUUGCCACAAACCCUUAGUGCGGAAGACAUUGAUCAAGAAUAUCCGCUUGAGGUUGAUGAUGAAUACAUCACGGAAGAUGGGAUCCUCCCUAUGCCAGAGGGCACACUCACACUAACAACAGCCGCCAAUGCGCAUAGCCGACUGGUGGAGCUCCUCAUCAAGAUUGUGCGAAACGUGUAUCCCAUCAGAGCAAAGAACGUUCAAAGCACCAUGGACCGUUCUUACACUGUACCCUUCUCGGUCAUCCGAGACAUCGAAAAGGAUUUGGAAACUUGGAAGAACAACCUUCCCGCAGGGCUGGAUCCAUGCAAUAAUUCGAACCCUACGCUCACAAGGGCCCAGCAACUUCUUCGCAUCGCAUACGCUCAUGCUCAGGCACUGCUCUACAGGCCAUUCUUACAUUUCGUUGCGACCGACAAGAGAUCGCGUAACAUUGACCAACGUGCAUAUACCUGCGCGGCUUCCUAUGUCAACCUUUCUCGAAACCAUAUCCAUUUGUGCGUACAAAUGAAGCAGAAAGGAUUGUUGAAUGGCGCGCACUGGUUCGUUAUGUACACGACGUUUUUUGCCGUGGUGUCCUUGAUUUACUUUGCAGCAGAGAACCCUCAAAACAUCACAACUGAGGCUGUUCUAAAGGAUGCUCUCCAGGGCAAGGAAGUGCUGGCAUCUUUGGCCAAACGCAGCAUGGCCGCAGAUCGAUGCGCUACCACCUUGGAAGGUAUCUUCAAAGCACUUCCAGCUUGGGCACGUGAAGGUCGUGCGAACGCUGUUCCGUCGCGCAAACGACGUCAAAGUUCGAACCAUAGCCAACCACUGGGUGCGCGAAGCCAUCCUGACAUUUCCGUCACUGCCAAAGAACCACCGCCUCCUCAGCCUGGUUCCGUGCAGCGAGCGAGCACUUUCCCGAACCAUUCUACCGUCCCGACUGUGUCCGCCUUCGAUCAACGAAUGACUUUCCCUGCGUCCUCGAUAAGUUCAGGUAGUGGCACAUACACACCAACCAGCCCAAACUUCAACCAGACUUUAGUUACGGGGCCGAUAGAAACCAGCAGUCCUUCCAGUGGCAUGCUCCCAUACAAUCUCGGCAUGGACAUGACGAACCCGAACCUACCAGAUCUGUCGGCGAUGAUGUUCCCAUCUGCAGAACCCUUCACGUAUCCGAACCAGCCUCUGACGACUUUUGAGAACAACCAAUUUGCAAAAGAUCCCAACGUUUUCGACAAUUUCAGUGAUUCAAAGAUGCCGGUCAUGAUGUCAGGGCAGAGCAGUGCACCAGAGGACAACCUCGAAGCGCAGUUCUAUCCUCUGCCACCGUACAUGAUGCAGCAACCGCAACAACAGCAGCAGCAGCAGCAGCAGCAGCAACAACAACAACAAAGUAGAUGGGACAUGGGCAUGAUGCAACAGCAACAGCAGAUGGCCAAUAUGCGUCAAGUAAGUGGUGGGUGGCCAGGACAGCAACAAGGCAUUGGUCAGGGAACGGCCUUUCCCAGCAUCAACCUGAACGACAUGUUUGGUGGUGAGAACGACAUAUUCGGUGGUGGAAUACUCAUGGAUCAAGGGUUUCGAAACACAGGAAUUUGA